AUUCCUGUUUUUUGCCUUAUAACCAAACCCCCACCUCUCCAUCUCUAAAUAAGCAAACACUUUUCAAAAAAAAAAUCAAACACCGUUCCGUUCCGUUCUCCUUUUGCUCCCAAGUCCACUUGUGUUCAUCACUGUUUCGAUUAUAAUUGGCCGUAUCGUACGGUGAAUAAGGGCGUUUGGUCCGGUGAGACAUGGCAUCGUUGAUGACGAAUCCGGUGACGAACACAACAAAUUCUGAUCGUAUCAAAAGGAAAAAGAACAACUCGAUGAUGAAAGCGAGUCAACACCAAAAGUCGAGCCACGCCGCCUGGAAAUCAGAGGCGCAGCAGCAAAUCUAUUCCUCUAAGCUUCUCCAAGCUUUGAGCCAAAUCAAUCUCAAUGGUACUACUACUCCUUAUUCUCCUUCGGCUCCGCGCGGCGGUCGAGCCGUCCGUGAAGCCGCUGAUAGAGCCUUGGCAGUUGCUGCUAAAGGGAGAACGAGGUGGAGCCGCGCCAUUUUGACGAGCCGGCUUAAGCUGAAAUUUCGGAAGCAUAAGAGAUCGGCGCACAGAGGAUCUACCGCCGCUGCCGUGGCUGCUGUAACCAGGACUAGCCGGUCGAAGAAACCGAGAGUUAGUGUUUUGAAAUUGAAAGCGAAGAGUGUGCCGACCGUUCAAAGGAAAGUAAAGGUUCUUGGCAGACUGGUUCCCGGUUGCCGGAAGGAGACGUUACCGGUAAUUCUUGAAGAAGCGACUGACUACAUAGCGGCUCUUGAGAUGCAGGUUCGAGCCAUGAGCGCCCUCGCCGAUCUGUUAUCUGGCUCCGGUGCUACUAGCUCUAGCUCGGCUCCUCCGCCGACUGGCCACUGAUGCUUUUUUUAUUCACUUAAUUUUCAAAUGCCAAGUGUCAUCAUUUUUUCUCUCUCUUUUUUUAAUAUUAAUUCUUCUUCAUUUUAUAUUAUUAU